AUGAGCACGAGGGCACUGAGGAGAUCCAUUGGCAGAAAAGACAAGGAGCGAAAGGGUAGCGGGCCGCGCGGUACUAGUAGGCCACAACUCCCCGUGCGGAGCAACAGCAGGGGGGGCAUCUUGGCGAGCACGGUGUCCAAGCUUUUCCAACCGUCUGCUUCCGACAUGGACGCGGACACCAGCACCCGGAACGCCCUGGCGGGGAUCAGGAGGAGAAAGGCGGGGGGGGAGGGCUGGAGGAGGAUGCCGAGGGCCGGCAUCGUGGUGUUUUUUUCCGCGCUUUGUGCGGCGCUGCUCUGGGCUGGGGUGGGUUCUUUGGCGCAGCCGCCUGCUGCGGCGGGAGGAGCGAGGGCCAACUCCACAAGAGGUCGAGGAGGCUCGGAGAGCAAAACGAGAACGAGGGCGUCUUCGGCCGGGGCGGCAGCAACGGCAACAGCAGCGGGAACAUCGGCGAGGCAGGACGGCUCUCAGGAGACCGCCUCCCGGAACCUAUCUCGACGUCCAGAGCUCAAGACGAGGGGAGGACAGCUGGCCUUCGCCCGCUUUUCCCUGCUCGCGGAGUACCCUCACGACCAGCACGCAUUCACUCAGGGGCUGUGCUACAACGGGGGCUUCCUGUACGAGAGCACCGGGCUGUACGGCGGGAAGUCCACAGUUAGGAAGGUGGACACGGAGACGGGGAAGGUGCUGCAGAGCGUGAAGCUGGACGACAAGUACUUCGGGGAAGGGAUGGUCAUCACUGACGACAAGAUCCACUCGCUCACGUGGCGAUCCAAGGUUGGCUUCUCCUGGGACCUGGAAACCUUCGAGCCGCAGGAGCAAUUCCAUUUCAAUACCAUGACAGGGCAAGGGUGGGGGAUCACGACAGACGGCGAGAGCCUGAUUGUUAGCGACGGCAGCGAGUUCCUCUUCUUCUGGGACCCGGCGACCAUGAAGGAGACCAGACGAGUCGAGGUCAAGCUGAAGGACGGCCGGCCGCUGAAGAAGCUCAACGAGCUUGAGGUGGUCAAGGGCUACGUGUUCGCGAACGUCUGGUUCGACGACAACCUUUACAAGAUCGAUCCCGCCACGGGAGAGGUCGUGGACGCCUACAACUUUUCGGAGCUUUACCCCAAGGCGCUGCAGAAGAAGGAGUUGACGUCGAGAGAGGCGGUGCUGAACGGCAUCGCUUGGGACCCGGAAGAAGACGUCUUGUACCUCACAGGCAAGCUUUGGCCCAGGAUGUACAAGGUUAAGCUCAACGACGCGAAAGCAGACGACGAUGAGAAGGCGGGUCCGGUUUCCUCUGACGGCAGCGAGCGAAGACGACGGCAGCAGUAGCGAAUAGCUUCGCUUGCACGGAGACUUGUAGCGCACCGCACGACAACACGCGCAAGGUGUGCCUUACGCGGCGAACGUACUACUGCUGUAGGGGGUCUCGAAGCUUUGCACCGUGGGCUUCUUUUGUUUCGUGUUUGGGUGGGUUGUAUUGUGGUUGGCAUGUAUGACUUGGGUGGCUCGGGAAAGGUUUGGGUGCGCUGCGUGUCGGUCGGCGCUCAGUUCCUUCCCCCCAGUUUUUCGGCCGCACGCACAGAACUUUCGAGUCUGGAGAGACAAGAGAGUGCUGUCCUUCAACCAACGAAGGCGUACGCAGUGCUCACCGAACGGUAGUGAAUCCCUUUCAAUGCAAGCUUCCGUAGGUAGUACAGCAGUGUUGCGAUCCGCUGCCGUGCGUCCGUUCUGCAGGUCGGGGCGAAUGAAUCUGCGCGCGCUCUUGAUGCUGAGGGCGAUAGGGACCUCUGGGGCUUUCCAGUGUUUUGUUUGCGGUCGGUGCUCUUUAGCGCUGACGACGCUUUCUGAAGCCUGACUCCGCUCUACGACAGGGGGGGGUUGGUGAACUGCUGGCCUGAUUUGAGCUGCAUUGGGUGCGCGUCCUUUGGGAUCGGUUUAUUGUUUGGUGUUGUGUGUGCAAUGGUGUUAGUGUUGGAGGUGAGUAGUUCCACAGCGAGUGCAGCAACCAGAACCAAGCCGUCGCUGCUGUGCUGCCGUGACUCUGGUUGAACGCUUGCUCUCUAGAUAUGAAUAGAAAAAUUGAACGCCGGAACGCUCGGUGAGUGCCUAGACGCCUGGUGCCGUGCUGUCUCUGACUACAAGACGUGUUGACUUGAUGAUCUAUGCGGCUGGUGUACAUCAAGGGGCAGGGCCAAAAAUUGCGAGAGGCAAAAAGGUAGUCGGUAGGUGUUGGACAGUGGGGCGGAAGGGGCGAUGAAGAGGGAUUCCUUAUGUUGGAUGAUAUGCAUGUUGUAGACGGAGACUUUCUAUUCUUGCGUUUCUCUCCGCUCAACCUGGUAGAUGGAAGGUAUCGGUUUUCAGCUCGCCAUCAGCAGUAUUGGCGGGCUGAAAUGAUCAGUGCUACAUAUGCUGCCGCGGCGUCCCUCAGCUGCUGGAACCUGGGUGUGCCGAGUUUGGGGUGGGCGCGCACGUGCUGCAAAGAGUAUUAGAACUUUUCGUAUCUUCCAUCAAGAAGAGGAGUUCAGGAGCUGUCAAAAAUUUCAUCAUCAAUGUCUCGGAACCGUGUCCCCUGUAGUACGAUAUUCCCGAAUGACCGGGGUGGUCCACGACCACGUCAAUGUGCUUCAUGAGCGCGGCUUUUCGUAGGGCGCUCCACCCUUGCCUAUUGCGGUGCGUUGGAACGUAUAUUCGGAUCUCGUCGCAGUCACACGAACCAUUAUUUUUUGUAGC